GUCAGUAUCUUGGAAUACUGGCCUUGCUCUCCAUUAUUGAUACAGUCAUGCAGCGGCCGCUUUAUUUAGAUUGCAGUUGUAUUUGCCGUGCUAGCUGCCUUUCGAAAACGAGUCUUUGAUCUAUCAAGCCCGCAUUUCUUUCUGUUUCAGGUCUCUCGACUUGUUCGUGUUCUUCGAGGUCAAAACUCUAUAUCAUAACCUUAUUUCUGCAAGAAUGGAAUACGACACAUCGACCCUCAAAGACCCUCCCAUUGCAGCGGGACACACAACCGAAAAGGCCAAUGCUGGAUCAGCCAGGGGCUACCUUCGAGCGGAGUCUGAACAGGCCGAUGUCUCUGUUCUCAAGGAACCAAUUACUUUUUCUUUCUCUGGCCGGACAGCGAAGAAUCGAAUGUUAAAGGCGCCAAUGACCGAGAGACUAUGCCACUGGAACAAAGAGGGAGAAGACAUUUCUGCUCGAGGUGUACCCAGCCCUGAAUAUGUGAAUCUAUAUCGCCGAUGGGGAGAAGGUGAAAUAGGCAUCAUAGUGAGCGGCAAUACAAUGGUUCAUUAUGAUGCCGUCGAAGCUUAUGGAAACCCCAUCCUGGUUGAUGAUCAUGAUGGCCGAAUUGCCAAGUUCAAGGAAGUAACCGACGCUGCCAAAGCGCAUGGCUCGCUCAUCGUCGCUCAACUGUCCCAUCCCGGAAGGCAAGGUAACAAGUAUCUCAACCCUAACCCGGUCAGCGCUAGCGAUGUCCAUUUGGCCAUCAAGUGGGCGGGCAAUGAGUUCGCGAAGCCCAGGCCCAUGACAAUCCCCGAGAUCAAGGACAUGGUGAAGUCAUGGGGCGAGACGGCCUAUCUGUGCUACAAGGCCGGGUUUGACGGAGUGCAGGUGCACUGUGCCCAUGGCUACCUGCUCGCACAGUUCCUGAGCCCAACCACAAACAAGCGCACCGACGAAUAUGGUGGCGACCUCAAUAACAGGUCUCGAAUUGUGUUCGAGAUCAUCGAAGAGAUCCAUCGCCGCGUGCCAGACCCGCCGUUCAUCAUCUGCGUCAAAUUAAACUCGGUUGAGUUCCAAGACAAAGGCACGACACCCGAGGAUGCGCGAGAUUUGUGUCUCAAGCUCGAAGAAGCGAGAGUCGACUUCGUCGAUCUGUCAGGCGGCACGUUCGAGGCCAGGGCCUUUGAGCACAAGAAACAAAGCACAGUUGCACGGGAGGCGUACUUCAUCGAAUUCGCCGAGUUGAUUCGACCACUCCUCAAAAAGACAAAGGUCUAUGUCACAGGCGGGUUCAGGACUUCAGCAGGAAUGGUGACGGCCGUUGCAGGCGGAGCAUGCGACGGGGUCGGCAUCGGAAGACCCCUGGCUGCGGAGCCGUACUUGGUCAAAGAACUGCUAGAAGGCAAGGUCAACGGUGCGAUCGAGAAUUACGUACCCUUGCCGCUGAAUACCCAGUCAAGUGGCACUCAGUUGCAUCAGAUCGGCCAUGGGGACACCAUGGUCAGUGACUGGAGUGUUGAAAGCGAGGUCAAGAGGUGGAUUGAAGCGAACGAAAAAGAGACGGCGCGGAAGAUGAGUAUCCUGCCCAAGGUGGACAGUUCGGGAUACCCACCUCUGAAAGCCGAAGCUGGAUUUGCCUACCUGCAGCAAGUGUGAGCCGGACACACCGUCAUAAAGGUGCAUACUGCAGAAACAUAGAACAUAGAACGAGGUGAAUGAGGUGGGUAGACAGAUCAUCCGUUUCGACUCGGAAAUGCUGGGGGAAUUUCGUG